CACCUUCACUCGAUAUACCCCUACAUCCAUACCUACAUCCUCACAGACUUAGCUAAGCCAAGCCUUUAGCUACAUAACAUAAGGUUACGUAACGAAAAUACAAUCAGUUGACCGGUACCGCAGAAGUAUCGCGUUUUCAUUCUCCGUUGAUUAUCAGUAGAUAAUUUACACUUGCCAAUACUCAUUCAUACAUACGUUACACGCACAUCUUGUUCACUGGCUGCACUCCACGUUACGGAGAGCUUCGAUUGUCUCUUGAGCAGGCGACGCGCGGAAAAGGAGACGCCACCUCCGACGAAAGUACAUCUUCCCCCUUGAAAAACUAACAAGUAUAAACUGUCACUGUAAAGCUGUCGUCUGGGAUUCAAACGCGUUCGAGCAAAUGGGAAUAGUUAAAGGAAUGAAAAUUGAAUAAUAAAACAAUCGUCUCAAAAAGGGGAACACGAGAGCAAUACGCGAAUAGAGAGAUAUAAAGGUUAGAGAUUCGGUUUAUACUGCGGGCAGCGUCGGUCAAGGGCGUUCUUUUUAACUCACCUUGUGAUUGAUAUAAACCAUGGGUAAAACGCCGAAGAAGGCGGUACCCGAGGGUGAUGAGAGGAAUAGGUACGUUCGGAGAUUAAAAACGGCAUCCGCUUCGUCGAGACAAGUUGAUAUCGCUGUGAAUUUACCCGCGGCGCGUUCCGUGCAGCCUGAAUACGAGAAUACGAACAGAGGAAAGCAACAAUCGACGAAUGUUCAGAAAAGUUUCAAAGCAGCUGGCACUAGCAAGACUUUCAAGAGCAAGCUUCGAAGUCCUUCUGUCAAACUUUCGAUGUCUCGUUUGCCAAAAUCUACGAACAAGCCAAUAUCGAUUGAAAAAGAAACAAAUAAAACCGUGAUUUCAUCGAAAAACCUAAAAAGCCGAACUAUCGUUAUGCAGCCGAAGUCGGAAGAAAGCGAGUCACAGACGAGUGAAAAUGUCAGUGAGCAGUACAUCGUUGAUGAAGUUGAUUUUACUGUAAAAGGUAAAAGAAGUGGUUCAGUAGUACAGGAUGACGCAAAUGAAGAAAGCACUGUAGACGAAUCACAUGCGCAACAAAUGGAAAAAGAAAAUGAAAAGAAACAAGAUAAUGAAAGUGUGAACAUUAGCCAAAUGGAGAAGGAAGGAGAACGUGAAACUGAAAAAGUAGCCGAAAAAGAAAAAGGAGAUGAUAUUCAAGAGGAAAUUGGAGAACAUUAUUCAGAAAAUUGCAGAAUUAAUGAACGCGAGAUCAAAGCGCAGCUCACUGAUGACGCAAUCAGCCAGAUAUUAGAAAACGAUGAUUCUAAGGAGGAAAUGGAGGAGUAUGAAGCAAAAAUGAAUUUGUCGAUAGAUAGCAGUCCUCUUAAAACAAAUUUGAAAACGGAAUUGAAUAGUUCAUGUGAAGAGCCUCCAGCAAUUGAUGAAGAACCAACAGAUGCCGAUAAAGAGAAUGGCCACGUUGCAGCCGACGAUAGAGAAGAUCAGAGCGAAGCUCCUACCGAGACAGAAAAUUAUUCCGUCGAUGUAGUGGAGUCCACAACUUCAGAAAUGUCUGAAGCAUCGGAACCAGCCCAAAUGGAAUCCGAGAAUGCGAGGACUAAGGAGAAUCAGUUGCUACUGAAAGAUGAUGUGUCUUUUGUAUCCUUUGAUGCCUCAAUAAUGCUGAAAGAUGUUCAAGUUCGAUUGAACGAUUGUCUGAAGGACAAUUCCCAACUCUACGAACUGACAAAUGAAGAACGUUCAAUGUCCGAGCCGCUGUGCAAGGAUUCAUCUUUUGGGAGAACUCUCAGAAAUAUUUCUGGAAGACAUUCAAUCAAUCGAAUGCGUCACGUCACACUAAGAAACAGACUAUCGCCUAAUAGUUCUCUUUAUGUGAACAUGUCUUCGGUUUCCCUACCCGAUGAAGAUAUUCGCGAUCACAAGAUAGUUCGCCAUCGGGCUGGACUAACGCAGAACACUUUGACUUGCAACGGUGGCACGCCCUCAGAUCGAAAGCGUAAACUCGAACCGGAAGUCUCCAGUGAACCUAAGAAAGUUAAAACUGAUUGCGAAAGCAGCUUGUUGAAUACUUCGAUUGGUAUUCUUCAGGGAUUGCGCAGGCCAAUUCAGGUCUCAACGCCAAAUGUUGGGGGCUACAAAUUCAAAUCAGAUAAGCUCGAUGUGAGCGGAAUUGGAAGUAACGAUGAAAAGAUCCAAACCCAGGAAGGGUCGGGAAUCGUGAAACAGUGGUGCAGUAUAAUGUAGAGGGCUACAUAUCUCGUAGAAACGGAGAUUUUUGUUUUUAUAAAGGUCAUGAAGAAGCCGAUAAGAUAUUUUUUGAACCUUGGUCAAAUUAUCUGUUAUCUUUAUGCAGUAGAAAUAUUUUUCACAUAAAAUCAAACUGCUACACACUGAUGAUACGAGGAAUUAAGAAGAUCUGAUGUUGCAUAUUUCAUUAUUUGCAUUUAAAAAGGAUUUUGUUUGUCAGUGAAAUACACACCUUUGAUUUAAAGCAACAAAACCUAAAAUUCUGCGCGUAACUGUAAAUGUGGAAGUUUUUUAAGGUACGUUUAGAAUUGACACAGAGUUCAGACAAGUCAGUUUCAACCAUUAAUUUAAGUAUCACUGAUAAUCAAAAUAUAUACAAUCAUUUUCACAGAGUUUCAAAACAAGUUUAUUUUAAUGAGAGGCCUUGGAACCACUUCAAAUUUCGCAAUUCAUACAAUCAUUUGUGCCGUGAUAUCUUUUUGGAAACUGAGUUUUUAUCACCACACGUUAUUUUGCCAAAAUCGAAACAGAAUGUAAAAAUCAUGCUCGAGUACUUGGAAUGCAAAAAUGAGAUUUAUCCGUACCUGCCCAAAGUCCUACAUAUGCCUUGAGAUGGCUAAAUAAAAAAUGAAUUACAUCUAUGUGGAUGUGGUGCAAGUAUAAUACAUAAUACUAUUUGGCCAAUGAUCUUGGAUUUAUGAUUUAAUUCGAAAUUUACAUAUUAAAUAUUAAUAUUACUUUCUAUUUUUUUUUUAAAGGAAUAAGAUUUGUCAACCAUAAUCAUUAAUCUAAACAGAUAUUUCAUUUCCUGCGUUUCAUCUGCAAUUACUUAUUUUAAAAGUCAUAUCUGAUAGCUGGCAUCUACAUAUAUACAUACAUUUUACUAUUUUAUCACCAUGACAUUAUAAUAAUUGCAUUUAUUACAAUUGAUACUGAUUAAAAAUUAUCAUUUUAGUUAAAACAAUGAGAGGCUAACUGUAGAAAUUCUUUUCAAAUCUAUGUCAUUUGAUGAAACAUUGUCACGUAAUUUGACAUAAUACAAGACAGUAAAUGAGCAGGACGAUAAUUUCAUUUCAUUGAAAGCUGUUGUUUCAUUUCAUUCAUGUGUCCAAAUCUAUAUUGUAUGCGUGCACAGUCUUCAUCAUACACUUAUACAGUCGGAAAUUUGUAGUUACAAAUUUUUUUAAACAUCGCCUUGGUAUAACAAAUUAAUAGUACCAUAUUGCACCACAGCUCGUCAAGUCUUCCUACCAAAAGAAACUCAUAAGCGUGUCAACGCGUGUUAUAAGAACCCUCUUAAUACUACUGCGAUAUUUAAAGAAAAUUCAGGGCGUGUAGAAAAUGCAAUUUACAUGCUGUUAUUAUUACUGCUAUCAAGUAAUAGUAAGUUAAUAGUAUACGCUAGGGUGGUUCGUUUAAAAAAAAACUUUUUUUUUUUUUAAGGUCCCUUCAAAAAAUUUGUGACGAAUACUGAAAAAAAAAAAACAGUCGUAAAACCUGGAAGAAGUAUGAAAUUAUUUAGAGGUCGUCACCGAUUAUUAUAACAUAUUUUUAUUUACUCUUAUGUGUGUACCUUGCGGACGUAUAUGUAUAUAUUAGUUAAUUUUUUUUGUAUCGUGGUUCAAUUAAUAGUUCACCAUUCAACAGCAAAUUGGACCUAAAAAUUCCGCAGUUGGCUGUUCUAGUUUUUUACCCGAAAGAUUGAGCGUCUCUGAGAAAUUUGGAUAACAGUUUUUGUUACCGAAAGAGGAGUAUCACAUCAACUUAAUGUCCCUAUGUCGUUUUCAGUACUGAUUUUUGUGAACAAUGAUUAAUUGGACCACGAUACGAAAAAAAUUAACUGAUAUUUUUUAAAGCUUUAAAUAUUUUCAUGCCUCCUCCGGGCUGUACAAUAAUUUGUUUCUCAGUAUUCGUCACAAAUUUUUGGAGUAUAACGUUGGAAAAGAAAAGUUUAAAAAUAAAUCACCCUAGUAUACAUACAAAUAUGUAUAUAUAUAUAUUUAUAUAUAUAUAUUUUUUAUACUACCUACAGUGCUUGUAGAAGUUGGAAAACUGGAAGAGUGAUGUGGAUCGGCACGAUGGUAUUAUUAUUAGUAUGGGUAAUACUAAAAAUAGAAUGUGAAAUGUACGCGGAUUUCAUUUUCAAAAUAUAGAAUAAUAAUACAUAAUUAUCGAUUA